UACCCGGCGCCGCUGGCCCUGCGGUGGUUGCGCCGCUGGUGCGCCGAGGCCGGGCCGUGCGCCUCGGCACAAAUCCGGUUUGUAAGGGCAGGGCGAGGGUGGAGUCUGCGGAGCUCGCAGGCUUCCGCCUCGAAGGCCGGCGGGCUCGGGAGUCCCCCUUUCUCAGGCGGGCGGUUUUCGCCUUAGAGCCGCCUCCCCGCGGCGAAGUCCGCCGGUGACCCGCCGCCAGCGGCCGGGCAGGGAGGAAGAACAUUUUUUCAUCUAUAGUUUGAAAGCUAAGUUAAUAACAAAAUGAAGUCAGCAAAGCAUCUGUUGACCACUACUAAGAAGAUGGCAAGUGUUUCAGAAUUAACUAAUAAAAAAGGACUACUUCUCUUACCAGUGUCACCUAUGCCAAAGAAAAAACUCAGUCCAAAAUUAGUACAUGAUAAAAUUGAACCAAUGGUCCUAAGAUCUCCACCAACAGGAGAAUCUGUUGUAUGGUAUGCUUUGCCUAUUCCAUCGAGUAGGACAAAGGACUUAGAAGCAGAAGAUGAAAUGACCAGGAAAAUUAUCAGAAAUCUGAAGAUGGUUGUUUCUAGUUUGGAAGAAACCUAUGGAUUUAACAUUGAAAAUGCUUCUGUGAAGCCUGAACAGAAAGAAUUAUCUUUAUCUGUUGGGGAUGAUCUGAGUUCAUUCUUGGAAUGUUGUUCACAGUUUGCAGCUCAGGUUGAAGACACUGUUAAGGAAGAACGUAAUUUAAAACAGAGGCAGCUUCAGAACUUCCAGAUACAACAGAAAAUCUUCCAGAAGAUUUUCCCUCAAUUAAUGACCUAAUAUUUCAAUUAGAUUUAAAUGAAGUUGUUGAGACUGAUAUAGAACACUUGAAAGAUGCUUCUGGAAACAUUUAUCAAAGCCUGAAUUUAAGACACAAGUAAAGAAUCUCCCUG